CGCUAAUGUCACAUAAUGGGAAGCAGUUUGAGGUAGUGUUAUUAGUAAGAGGUUAUGUAGAAAAUAUAUAUUUUAAGGUGUGGUGCAGUCAAAGAAAACGCUAAAUAUGGAAAAAAGGAAAAAUUCGUUAGGUGCUGUUAAAAUGUGCCGUUUUUGCCUGGUACAAAAUGAAUCAUUAGGAAGUUUAUAUGAUAGAAACCAUUCUUCAAAAAGUUCUGUUAAUCUUCACCUAAAAAUUCUAUCAUGUGUUUCUAUAGAGGUAUACCCUUCAGAUCAUAUGCCAACAUUUAUAUGUGAACGCUGCAAAUUCUUUAUGAACCUGUUCUAUGAAUAUAAGCAGAUAGUACGUCAGGCAGAUGAGACUAUACUACAGUAUAUUCGACAUGGUACAUCAAUGGAAAUUAUUUCUUGGCCUACAGAGCUAACCAAUAUUUUUCAGAAUAAAGUAGUAAAUACUGUUGUAGAAGGGGGUGCAACAGUACAAGUAACAUCCCAUGAUAAUUCAGAUAGUGAUGAUGAUGAAGGAAAUAUUUAUAACAUCAAGAUUGGCAAUACACCGGACGAAGGAAACACUGCUUGUGUAAAAGUUGUAACUAGUAAAGAUGAAAAUGAAAUCAAUGAAGAUUCACACAGUCGGGGUAAAGAGUCAGAAGUAGAUCAGGAUCAACCGAGGGGGUCAGAAAAAGGGCUAGAAGAUGGGUGUUGGCCAUGUGAUGAAUGCAAUUGUACUUAUCCCCUGCAACAGCUGCUCAAUUUACACAAGAGACAGAAACAUAGAGUGAGGACUGUGCCGUGUGAUCAGUGUGAUGCUAAAUUUUUCUCAAAAUAUGACCUAGCGGCGCACCAACUGCGGCACACUGAUGAAAUGCCGUUUCAGUGUAUUGCAUGCGGGAAAAAAUUUAAACGACUCAUAUUACUUAAGCGUCACGAAAAACACAUUCAUUCGGAUUUACCGCAACAAGUUUGCCCGAGCUGUCCAGCCACAUUCUUGUCUAUUGAAGAGUUGGACGAACAUCAGAAGCGACACAUUCGCCUUCAACGUCCCUACGAUUGCGCCCUUUGCGGCAAAAAAUUUUACGAGAAAACGUCACUUCAAAGACACAAAGAUGCUGUUCACAAUAAAACUCCCACAUACUGCUGCGAGUAUUGUCCAGAGCGAUUUGUAUCGGUGACCAAAUUAGCAAGACACGUACGCUCGCACGCCGGUGAGAGGCCGUAUCCUUGCAAAUUUUGCAAUAAAUGCUUUACAAAAUCUCACCAUUAUACCAGACAUCUCCGUUUGAAACACCGCGAAAUGAACCGGUCGGGACGCGGUCCGUUCGGUGAGACGGAGCUGUACCGCUGCGAGCAGUGCGAGGACACGUUCUCCACGCAGGACGACCUCAUCUACCACUCCGCCAUACACGCCACGCAGAACCUUACGUGCCCUCUCUGUCAAGAAAAAUUCGAAGACAUCGACGCCGUCACUUCGCACAUAAAGUCGCACGUCAAUAGCGAGGAAUUCAGUUGUGAUUUUUGCGAGCUUGUUUUCACGUCAAAAGAAAAAUUGGAAAUUCAUACACUGAAGACACACGAAGACGAAAUGCAGGAUUUGAGUGCUGAUGAUUCGUCCGUGGAGAUUCAGGGAGAAGUAGACGAUGAUUGUGAUAAUGAAAUAAAUGUUAAAGAUAAAGGAGACCAUAUGCUUAUUGAAAUUAAGAAAGCUGGAGAUUUCAUGAUUGACAACACAAAAGACGACAUAGAAGAUAAGCCAGAUAUUACAAAUUCUGAAGAAAGCGAAACUGAAACAACGUACACAGAGAUAUCAAACGUGAGCACACUGGCAAUAUUAAAGAAGGAAUCCACAAUAGUAGAAGAAAAACCAGCAUCCAAACCUGUGGAUAUCACGACACAUGGACAACCAGUCAAGGCCCCCACCAGUGGCAAAUCGGAUGACGGCAUGACAGCAACUAUAUUGCGGAAAGCGGAGGAAAUGAAACGUAAAGUAGUACAGCAAACAUUAGAUACAGUGGUCGAGAAGAAAUUAAAACCUGUUACAAAAGUAGAAACAACUAACACCGGGGGAGCCAGCGAUAAAUCUUUGCGUCUAUUGGAGAAAGAAUUACAAGAUCUCAAAAGGACCAACAGUCGCACAGAAAUAACCAAAAAUCCUACAAAAUCUUCAGAAAUAAUAAGAAAUAAAAGGCCUCAAGUUCACACCUCAACUCCGAAGUUAAACAGAGUUACAGAAGAAAAGAAAUUACCGUUAAUCAAUAAACCGCCAGCUCUCGAAAAAAAACUAAUUGAAAAACGCGUAAUAACCAAAGAGAACAAGGAACCGAAAGAAACGAAGGAACCUAAGAAUAACAACGGCAGCAAUAAAGAAGAUAAAGAUAACAAGGAAAAAGAAACUCCAAAGAGCUUAUAUAAAAAUGGAUCAAGUAAUGAUAAGAUUAAUAUAGAAGAAGGAAUUCGUCGGUCGACACGGCCGUCGAAGAUCAAGAACUACGCAAAGAUGAUACGUGCAAGGUCGCAAGUUGAGGAUAAUGAUGACACCAGCGAAGACGACGAGGACUACAUAGAAGUGGAUAGAAAUUUAGAGGCUCGUCUUAAAUCUCGAAGAUCAAGUCAAACGCCAAAGCCAACGCCCAAACCUGUUUUUGCACCGGGCACACCUGUAACUGCGCCACGGAAACGAGGGCGACCCAAAAAAGAAAACCCCAAAGAAAUUCCUGCUAAAAUUAGAAAAGAUGAAAUUGAAGAAGUUGACAAUAGCAAAACAAUCAAUAGCAUAAAACAAGAAUCUAGCACAGCGAAUAAAGAUGAGAUGGAAACUGAUGCCUCCAGUAAUGAGGCUGAUAAUAACAAGAGUGUUUGUAAAACACCUCCAGAACCAAAGCCUGCAUCGAGUGAUGUACUUGUCUCUCCAACUGGGCAGACUUUGAAAAAGGUACCAAUCAAAGCUUUGCCGCCAGGAGUAAAACCCUUGCCUCUACCAAUCAUCGCUCGACCGAUGGCAACCGGUGAACUAUGUGAAAUGCAAAUAGGAAAGAAAUUAGUAAAGGUGCAAAAAAUAGUCAUGACUAAAGCUGAAGUAGAAGCUAUGGCUAAAAAGGGUCUUGUGGAAAUGAAGGAUGGCACAAUGGUACUGAAACAGGGCAUAAAACUUCCUACAGUUGAAACGUCAGCUAUUAAGCCAACUGUAAACUCAGUUGGAGACGAAGAAACUGAAAAGGAAACAAUUAAAUCAGAAAAGGCAACACCUACACGAUGUGAUCUUGGAGAUGAAUCGUAAUGAAUUUGUUUUUCAUUAUUUAAAUUAUAUUAUAUUAUUCAAUACCUGAAUGUAAUCAUUAUUAUACAUUUAAAAACCAUUUUAAGACAUUUUGUCUUAUUUGUUAAGCAUGAUUUGGUUUAAGCAUUUUUACCUUUUGUGUAUUUUGUCGUAAUAAUUAGAGAAUUAAUAAUUUAGUUUUUGUAUCAAACAAAACCUACGUAAAUAUAGGUUAUAUAAUAGUAUAUAUUUUAGGAACAUAAUGAACUUUCAACAUAUGUGUGUUGACUUUUGAAAGAAGCUUGAUUUAAAUUAUGUAUAACUGACCUUAAAACAAAUAAACAUAUUGUAUAUUUUUAUGUUGACU